AUUUGUUGUCGGACCGCUCAUCGCCAUUUUCAAAGCGGCUCAGUUUUACUGCGUAUUUCUGGGAUUGUUCAACAAACUGGUCUAAAUAAAGAGACGAACAUUUGAAUUCAAGCAGGGAUCAACAUGAUGGAGCUACCAAGCUUUAGCAGGCAGCUAAUGCAGCAGCUGUGGACCCUCAGGAAGGAGGGAGUCUUCUGUGACUGCACCAUCCUGGUGGGAAACACUCCUCACCAGGCACAUAAGGUCCUGCUGUCUGCGUCCAGCAAGCUCUUCAGGUCUCUACUUGAAAGCUCAGACACCAUUUCCAUCGACACUAAUGUGGUUUCCUCUCAGGAGUUUGGAUGUCUUCUGGACAUGGUGUACACAGGAAAGUUACCUCUGGGCAAACACAAUGUCAAUCACAUUGUGGCCGCUGCAGAGAGCCUGCAGAUGUUUGACUUAGCUGUAGGUUUCAGAAACGUCCUCACCACCCUGGUGAACCAUCAGGCUACAGAUAAUUCAACACAAACCACCAUCAAUGCCAGAAGUAACAACCCAGAAGGUUCUGCUUUAUCGAGCAAGGAUGACUGCACUUCAGUCAAGUUGGAUAUAAAAGCUGAGAUGAAGAAGAAACACCAUCUCGAUGGUAAAGACGAUGUACUGGAGCCGACAUGUAAAAGAACCUAUGAUGAGCUGUCAAACUCUUCAGGGCUCAAAGAGGCCACAUCCUCCAGCAGUGUAAUGGGAGAAACCAACAUGUCAGCAGCCACAGUAUCCACAGCUCCUGCUCCUGAUCUGCGGCAGCAUUUGUCUGAAGCGGUGCAGCUCCUCAACAGCAUGCCAUCUGUCCUGGAGAUGCUGAGCCAGGCAGCACAGAGCAGUUUGGAUGAACAGGACAGAAAGAUUUUUUAUCAAUGCUGUGAGGAGGUUGAUCCCAGGUUAGUAUUGGAGAAGCUAAUGUGUAAUGUGAGGGAUGGCAUGAUCACUGAGGGGGUCAUGCUUCGGUUGCUUCGAGCUGUCCAGCAGAAAGCUCCAUCCUCUUUCCCUGCACUGCUGCUUUCUCUGAUGGAAAACUGGGAAAGGAACACACUCCAGGAUGAAGUUGACUCAGAACUACAGGAUGACUCCAGAAAUGUAAAGCCAGAGCCAAAGGCUGAAGAUGAUAGCAGUAAGGAGGAGACUGAGGAGGAAGAAAAAGACACAAAGGCUGCAGUAGAAUCUUCAUCCUCUAUUUCAAAUGUGUCCAAGUCCUACAUCUGCGUUUGGUGUAAGAAGAGAUUUGACUUCAAGUGUAGACUCUUGGCCCAUGUAAAGCGGUGCUCCAUGUCCCAGGACUGUGAGCUGCAGUGUCCACAGUGCCCCAAGAAGCUAGCCAACCAGCGAGCUCUGCAGCGCCACCGUUCCGAGGCUCAUUGUAACCCAGGACGGGUGAAGAAGAAGGUGGCCUGCGACCUUUGUGGGCGCACCUUUGCCCACCCAUCAGGUUUGGUCUACCACAAGCAGACAGAGCACUUUGACGAGAAGCCAUUUGCCUGUGAAGAAUGUGGCGCAAAGUUUGGUGCAAACUCCUCCCUGAAAAAUCACUUGAGGCUGCACACAGGAGAGAAACCAUACCACUGUCAGCACUGUGAGAUGAGCUUCAGUGUGGCUGCUGCACUCUCAUACCACACCAAGAAGAAGCACUCAGAAGGUAGG